AUGGAUGAUAUGCCCGAACUUGGGCGAGAAUUGGUGUUGAACAAAGCAACAUUAUCAUAUAAAGGACAAGCAAUUACGAGUUUUCGACGAGGUAAGUCAAAAAAUGUCAUUUUUUCAACGUUCAAAUAAUUUUGUUUUUCAGCGAAAAAUCCGCAAAGCAUGAAUGAUGGGAAGAAAAAAGAUGAAACCUGUGAAAUUGAUUCAUUGUUUUCCACGCCAAAAACGUCAAAAUCGCUGAAAACUUCAAAAAAAUUGAUUUUCAUCAAAAAACCGAGAACAACCGUCGGAUUAACAUUUUCUACUCCAACUCCCACAAAUUCCGAUAUUAUUGAUUGUAAUGAAUCAAAUGUUCGACAAAUUUAUGCGACAAAUUCAUUAGGAGAUGAUAAAACUGGUGCUGGAAGGGAUGAUUUGGCAAAAAAUCGAAUCAAUAAAGAAAAUGUUUCCUGA